AUGGCAGUAAGAGUUUUCUUUGACAUCGAAAUUGAUAAUGAGCCUUGUGGAAGAAUUGUUUUUGAACUGUUUAGCAACACUCCUCUCACUUCUGAGAAUUUCCGAGCUUUAUGCACUGGAGAAAGAGGUUUAGGAAUAAAAGGAAAGCCACUGCAUUACAAAGGUUGCAUUUUUCACAGAAUAAUUCCUGGGUUUAUGAUUCAAGGAGGCGAUUUUACAGUUGGAAAUGGAACUGGAGGUGAAAGUAUUUAUGGCCCGAAAUUCAGUGAUGAGAAUUUUAUUAACCUUCAUAGUGCUCCAGGGAUUUUAGCAAUGGCUAAUGCAGGGAUGAAUACGAACGGAUCCCAAUUUUUCAUCACUACAGUUCCUUGUGAGUGGCUAAAUGGAAAGCAUGUGGUUUUUGGUAGAGUAGUAGAAGGCAUGAAUGUUGUUAGAGCUAUAGAAGAGCAAGGAACCAAAAGUGGGCGACCUCAAUACAGAGUCGCUAUAUCUGAUUGCGGUCAGCUAUAA